UCGGAUUUCCCCUUUUAUAAAAAAAGCGAAGAAUUUUAACAAAAAACUUGUGCGUUCUUUCCCAAAAAGAGAUAUCUAUUUUUGUGGUCUCUCCUAUCCGAAAGGAGUUUUUCAUUGAAUUUUCCUCUACCAUUUGUGAGACAGAUCUUGGAUAUUCAUCAGCAUUUAGCAGUGAUACUAGGUGCAAGCUGGCUUGCUGUGAGUUGAGUUUUUGUCAUCAACGUUUUUGGUUCUCUUGGUCAUACAUCCUUUGCAGCUUCAAGGAAGAUCCAGAUCCCUAAAGCAAUCGUGAUUCUCUGAAAUGAUAUAAUGACGUUAAAGGUUCUAUUAUCCGUAUCUUAGAAUUAGUGAAAGUUCUUAUUUUACCUGAAGUGUUCAGCAAGAAGUCUUUUCAGAGCUAUCAAUCGCCCUACUAAAAAAGCAGCGGCUGGCCAAUGUAAAUCAGUACCCAGGCCUUAUACUUGUGAGGUUCUUCGGAACCCAACCCAAGCUUCGUUUUUGGGGGAAUCCGAAGGUUCAGCUGAAAAAUAAUUCACCUGAGGCUUCUAUGGUGGACUCUGGUUCGGCAUCCAUUUCAAGAAACAUGAACAGAAGAGCUAUAUGCGAAGAAAGUGCUGUUGUUCACAACCUGAUUGAAAGGUGCUUGCGGUUGUAUAUGAACAAAAAUGAGGUGGUGGAAACCCUUCUAUGCCUUGCAAAUAUUGAACCUGGCUUCACCACCUCUGUAUUGCAGAGACUGGAAGAAGAAAAUGCAGAAUUUUUCAAGUCUUACUACGUAAGGGUAAAGCUGAACAAACAAAUCCAAUUGUUCAAUGAUUUACUCAAGGGGCAGUCUGAACUACUGAACAGUUCUUCACCUCAGAAGGUUCCAUUGCUUUCUAUGCGGAGUGGGAUUCAUUGCAUGCCAGUUAAUAAUCCACCUCUGGGGUAUCCAAUUCUGCAGCAGCCUUCAAUUCCAUUUAUGAGUCAAUCCCCAAGUUAUUUUGUGAACCAUAUGCCCAGCUGUCAGGCGGUACACAGAAUCCCUUCGCCAGGCAAUUUCAACCCUACACAAAUAAAUUAUGUGGAAUACUGUGCCACCAAUACAGUACCUUCCAUUCCUACUUGUUCUACCAACUUGGAGAAUCGUUCAAGUUCUGCAUUAAUGGCAUCCUGUGGCCAAGUUCCCUUCACUUUAUCAGCGAUGGCAGGACUUGGAAUGGAAACACCAGCACUUAACGCUACAAAUAAUCUUCAUGUGGCAAAUGUAGAAGGGUUGCAACUUGGCUCUGAUGGUCAAACUGGACCACCCAAGGAACUUCAAUCAUUGGAGCAGAUUUCUUGGAAUUCAAGCGUCUCCGAUAUAGAUGCGGGGUGGCCAACCUUGCCAGAUGUUGGAGCACCAGGCAACUACUCGGGCGGCUCCAUUUUGCCUUAUGAUGAAGAUGUAUUGCUUGAUUAAGAAGAGCAAAAAUAUUAAUCAAGCGAUACAUGGGUAAAGUAAAGCUCGCUUGCUUUUUAUGAUGUUUGUUAUGUUGAACCAACUGGAUUACAAUCUUCUUGUAGCGUACAAAUUUUGGAAAUAAACUAUGCAUGAAGAACAUUCUGAAGAGAGAGAGAGAGAGAGAGUUGGUUCGCAUUCAAGAAAUGUGGUCAUGUUAAAUAUUUUUGAAGUGUGUAUGGAGAGAUAUAGGACGGGACCUUACUGCAAAUAACUGCUGUGGAUCUGUUCUUCUUUUAGAAUAAAUGGACUGCAAUAACAGCAUCUUUUGAAAAA